UAUAUGUUGUAUAUAUAGUGCACAUAGUAUAUGUUGUACAUUAUGUAGUGUAUAUAGUAUAUGUUGUAUAUAUAGUGCACAUAGUAUAUGUUGUACAUUAUGUAGUGUAUAUGUAUCUAUUUCCUGCAGUCAGACUGUAUUAUAAUAGUAGUGGGGGAUGUCACACCGACAAUGACGCCCCCUCUGCUGACAGCUGUGAUAACACAGAGGAGGUCCCAGCACAUUGUACCCCAGACGAGCGCUGCUAAUGACGUCACCGCGGGGUCUCAUCACAGGAGACAUCUCUAUGGCAACCGCAUGAGGGCGUGGCUUUGGGACGGUCACGGGACUGGUAUCCCCUUCACCUGGAGCGGCGCGUCCUCUAACAACCGUCCUUAGCAACGGCGCGAGACAGCAUGGCGGAGGAGGACCGGGACCCCGGGGCCCUGAGCGGCGACCAGGAGCGGCGGCUGCGGGACUACAAGAUUCAGUCCCGGCUCAGUAAUGAGGAAUAUCUGCGGAGUCACCAGGAGGUGAAGCUGCUGAUCUCUGCGUUCAUCCGAGAAGUUUUACUGAAGAGGCCGGAAAAUAUCCGAGAAUUUGCAGCAGGAUCUCUGGUAUUGGUCGUGGUGAAGAGUGUGGAAUCUGAUGGAGUGCCUCUGGUCUUUCAUACAGAUUACUUCACAGAUCCGAAGCUGAGAGACAAGAUCCAGGAGAAGAUGAAGGAUAAUGCAGAACCGUGACAGAGGAGGAAUCUGAGACGUCUCUGACCACCCUACAGCUUCCCAUCAGCUACAGAGACCCCCCGACCUGCCCCCCAGUCCUCGCCAAACCCUGAGAAUGAGGACUUUGGCUGUAGUGGAUUACAGAGGAUUCUCUUCUGUUGUAUUGAUUACUUCACUGAAUCCAGACUAAAGAUUUUGUGACUACUGGAGAUGUGUGCUCCCUGUGGUCUUCUCUGGGGUCCUCAUCAAUGACUUAGUGAUGUCCACCUUAGCCUGACUACUGGAGGUGUCUGCUCCCUGUGGUCUUCUCUGGGGUCCUCAUCAUGUCCGCCGCAGCCUGACUACUGGAGAUGUCUGCUCCAUUUGAUCUUUGAGGUCCUCAGCAAUGACUGAGUGAUAUCCGCCACAGCCUUCUCCAUUCUCACGUCUUCUCAUGUGCCUGAUUAUAUCUACAUGUAACCAGCUUCAUCUUAUUCUGUUCCUGAGUCUAUUUACCUUCAGAGCUGUGAUUACAAUUCUGCUGCUUUCUUGUUAUAUCUUGGCCUCCUGCUGGUUCAGUGUCUGCUCAGCUGUGGACCCCGGGUACAAGACAGCUUCAUGUUUGUGCCCCAUCAGAGACAUGAGAAGACCCUGGGUGUGAGCAGAUGUUCCCAGCUCUCACCUGCCCCCUGCUGGUUGAGGCUCUGUACAGUGCUGUGUGGCAUUGUGGGGGAUGUAGUUCGCUUAGUCAUGGAGGGUGUGAGCAGCUGCUGCAGAACUUCACUCCCUCAGCUGUUGGUUCAGGGUCUGUACGAAGCUCAUCCUGUUGUGGGGGUUUAUUACUUGCCGGCAUUAUAUCUGCUGGGCUCUAGGUUAGUCUGUGUGGGUAUGAGGCGGUGUAGAUUCUUUAGAAUAAAAUUUAACCCUUUAGUAGGCGAUGUCCAUUCCAAUACCGUGAGCUUAGGAAUGAAAAAGUACGACAUAUUACUCAAAAAAGUGUUUACUGCAGGUGGAUCAUAUAAACCGGCCAUGUCCUUUCACUUA